CAACCGCAUGCGCCCGACAUGAGCAGUUACACCUCAUACUCACCGCGUACGCGGCUGGGCCAUCAGACUGCCUCCCCCUCACCUCUCCGUCAUACCUCAAUCGCUCCUGCCGCGUCCUCAUCCGCUUUCCCCAACGAUCUCCCAAAUCGAUACAACAACGGUCGCUCCAGCACCUUUUCAAGCACCGCUCAGUAUGACCCCACCAACACCACCGGUCCACCCGUGAUGAGGGGCCAUAGGCGAGGCCUUAGCGAGGCGAAUAUGCCCUCUCGCUCGAGUUCGCGCUCCGAGGACUACUUUGGGUCUCAAGACUCGGAACCGGGCGCGCAGUAUACAAGUAUGCGCAAAGCGUUGCGCCCGCUACCUCAGGUUCCUCAAACCGGCUCACCUGCUUCGCCUGAGAGGCCUUUCCGUACACCCAACAGUCCCACACGGAGUCCCUCCACAAGCCCUACCAAAAUGAGCCCAUCUACUAGUCCCAUCAAGAUGAGUCCUUCCUCGAGCCCGACAAAAGUAAGCCCUUCCGUCAGCCCGACCAAAGGUCUUGCGCGUCUUCAUACACGUUCACAUAGCAUUGAUCCCACUCAAAAUGGCACAUUUGACGGCUCGUCCUCACCUCCACCUUUCAAGCCACGCCCGUUGUCCAUGGCCAUAUCUCGCGCCGACUCUGUUCGUGCUCCCACCCGCGAUCAUUCGUCUCGAGGCCACCCCGCCCCCCACAUCGAACGACCAGAUCUCCAAACCUUCCAAAAAUCGUCGACAGGCCACCUUCGCACACUUUCCAGAUAUGCGGAAACAGCGUCCGAGGAGGACUUCUCGAUCAAAUCGCCGGAGCAAGAGGUUGUAGGUCUACAUGGGCGGAGACGACUGCAACGUAGCGACACAGCUCGUGGGAAAACAGAGUCGAGUUGGUCAAGCAGAAACUGGAUGGAUCAGCAGCGUCAAUUCUUGCAAGCUUAUGAAUAUCUCUGUCACAUAGGAGAAGCGAAGGAGUGGAUAGAAGACAUAAUACACAAGGAUAUUCCGCCAGUGGUCGAGCUUGAGCAGGCCCUCCGAGACGGCGUCACCCUCGCAGAACUAGUCGAAGCAAUCCAAGGGCACCCGCUCCGUAUUUUUCGAGACCCGAAAUUGCAAUGGCGGCACUCCAACAACUAUGCCCAUUUCUUCAGAUUUUUGGCGGAAGUCGAGCUACCUGAUCUCUUCCGGUUCGAGCUGGUGGAUCUGUACGAAAAGAAGAACAUUCCCAAGGUGAUUUAUUGCAUUCACGCUCUAUCAUGGUUGUUGUUCCGCAAAGGCAUGGUUGACUUUCGAAUUGGCAAUCUCGUUGGAAAGUUGCAAUUCGAAGACCAUGAGCUGGAAGCGAUGCAAAAGGGUCUGGAUAAAUCUGGGGUCAGCAUGCCUAACUUUUCUGGAAUGUCCGCCAAAUUCGCCGUAGAACCCGAACCAGAGCCAGAGCCCGUGGAAUCGGAGGAAGAUCGAAUCGACCGUGAGCUUUCGGAACAGGAAGCAACGAUCUUGGACUUACAGGCACAGAUGCGAGGUGCUCUUGUACGCAUUCGACUCGGUAACCUGAUGCAGAACCUCUGGGAUAAUGAAGAGUUGAUAGUCGACUUGCAAUCUCGCAUUCGAGGGGAUUGGGCUAGGCAGAUUGCUUACUACCGUCUAGACAUGCGCAGAUUUGCAGUGAACCUUCAAAGUGCUGCUCGCGGCUUCAUGGUUCGCUCCCAUCUCCGAGGUGAGGAGCAAUACUGGCAGGGUAAGGGGGAGCAGGUUCUUAUGGUGCAAAAUCUUUUCAGAGGUCGCAAGGCUCGCACCCAGGUUCAACACAUCAAGUCCAAGAUUCAAAAGCACGAAAACGGCAUCCGCGAGUUCCAGGCCGCCAUCCGAGGAGCCCUUGCGCGAAUGCGAGUGGGCGAGCGCUACGAAGAAACUCGUGUGGCCGAACCCACGGUACUCCACAUCCAAGCAAUGAUCCGUGGUGCUCUCGAACGUCACAGGGUUGACCGCCAGUAUGCCGAACUCCAGGAGCACGAAGCACAGACUGUCCAGAUACAAGCUAUGACUCGCGCCAGUCUUUUGCGACAAGCACUGCGCGCAGACCAAGAAAACCUCCGCCAGCAUGAAUCUCUUGUCACGCUUCUGCAGGCCGCUGCGAGGGGUGCGAUCGCAAGAAAACAAAAUGCCACUGUCCAGAAUGAGCUGGAACAGACUCCAAACAUCUUGGAUCUUCAAGCGGCAUGCCGAGGAUACAUGCAGCGGCAGCGAACGUAUGAUCUGCUCUGCGAUCUGAAUAAUCAGGAGCCGGAGAUUGUCCAACUACAAGCUCUAGGCCGUGCGAUGAACACACGAAUGCAGAUCGGUCUCGUGCUUGCCCAGGUAGAAGAGCACGAGGAUCUAAUUGUAGAGCUUCAGGCUUUGGCACGUGGGAUGAUUGUUCGAGGCCGAUUUUUAGAGAAGAAGAAAUUCUACAAGGAAAAUAUGGAGAAGGUAGUCAAAAUCCAAAGCUUCAUUCGAGGACGCCAACAAGGCGAGGCAUACAAAAGCUUGACGAGCGGAAAGAAUCCUCCCGUGUCGACCGUCAAGAGCUUUGUGCAUCUUCUUAACGACAACGAUAUCGAUUUUGACGAGGAAAUUGAAUUCGAGCGCCUGCGCAAGACGGUCGUUCAACAUGUUCGACAGAAUGAAUUGGCUGAACAGUACAUUGAUCAACUGGACAUCAAAAUUGCGUUACUCGUAAAAAACAAAAUCACAUUGGACGAAGUUGUGAAGCAUCAGAAACACUUUGGUGGUCACGUUGGCACACUCCUGAGCAGCAAGGAUAUAUCUUCAAAAGACCCUUUCGACCUCAAGGCUCUCAACAAAAACUCCCGACGAAAGCUUGAACAUUACCAGGAACUCUUCUUCGUUCUCCAAACCCAACCUCAGUACAUGGCUCGUUUGUUUAGACGUCUGCGCGAGCAAGGUCUUGCUGAAAAAGACACAAAACGCAUCGAGCAGCUGGCCAUGAGCUUGUUCGGCCUCGCACAGAAGCGUAGAGAGGAAUACUACCUACUAAGAUUGCUCGGUCGAUCGUUGAAGGAAGAAAUGGACACAUGUGCCACGCUUCAGGAAUAUCUGCGCGGCAGCUUCUUCUGGAAUAAGCUAUUCGCCAGCUACAUUAGAUCACCCCGAGACCGCAAGUUCUUCAAAGACCUCUUUGGGCCGCUCAUCAAAGAUAACAUCAUCGACCAAGAGCACUUAGAUCUGGAGAGUGAUCCCAUGCAAAUUUACCGAUCGUCAAUCAACAACGAAGAACUCUCCACAGGUCAACGCAGCCGUCGUGAUCCGAACGUGACGCGCGACCAAGCAAUCAAAGAUCCCGAUACACGAGAGAUGUUUAUUCGACAUCUUCAAGAUCUUCGAGAUAUCUCCGACCAGUUCUUUAACCGGAUCGAGGAAGUCCUGCAUCGGAUGCCGUUUGGUGUACGGUAUCUCGCUCAACGGAUGUUUGAGGAUUUGCGUCAACGUUUUCCUCACGAAGCCCAAGAGCAGCUAUUGCAAAUUGCGGGUCACUGGGUAUGGAAAUCAUAUCUCCAACCUUCCUUACUUCAGCCUCAGCACUGGGGCGUGGUUGAUCGUGGCAUGUCGCCAUUGAUGAACCGCAACUUGGGCGAAGUAGCCAAGGUGCUAGGCCAGGUCGCCGCUGGUAGGCUCUUCGGUGGAGACAAUGUCUACCUUCAACCUCUAAACAGCUACAUCACCGAAGCGAUUGAUCGCCUUCAGGAUAUUUGGUCCAACUUGAUUAACGUGCGCGAUAUUGAUGAGCAAUACGAGAUUGACGAAUUUAAUGACUUGUUCGCGCGCACUAAACCGACACUAUACAUCAAACUUGCAGACAUCUUCGCCAUACACGGUCUUGUUGUAGAUGACCUACCUACGAUAUGUCCUACACAAGAUGACCCGCUUCGUGAAGUCAUCCGCGAGCUUGGAAGCGCAAAGAACAACGAGAACGAGCUCAUUCAUGUCAGCUCUACCGAGAUCACAUUGACGCUGAACGGAAAGUACCACGAGCAAGAAGAUCCCGAUGCGGCAGUGAAGGCUCUCUUUAUGGAGACAAAGCGCUACAUUCUGUACAUUAUUCGUGUUCAAACAGGAGCUAACCUGAUUGAAAUAAUGUGCAAGCCUGUCACACCAGAAGACGAGGAUCGUUGGGAUGCUCUCGUGCAAGAAGAAUCCGACGCUCAAAACAAAGACCGUGGCCGCAACGUGCGCUCAUCUGCUGCCUCUACCUACACUGCGGAUAUGACGUCUUCGACUGUACUUGAUCUGGAUUAUCACUCACUCAAGCGUCACGCACUAGAGAACAUACUCACUCUUCAACAAGCGGGCCGCAUCUCACCCCACAACCACUAUCAAGACCUUCUCAACGCCAUCGCCGUUGACAUCCGAACAAAACAUCGCCGAAGAAUACAACGUACCAAGGAACUGGAAGGCGUGCGCUCGACUCUUUCGGCACUAGACGAUAAGGCCCAUUUCCUCGAAAGCCAAUUGAAAUCUUAUAACGACUAUAUCGAGCAAGCCAUGAUAACCCUCCAAAACAAACGCGGCAAGAAAAAGUUCCUCCUUCCCUUUACGCGUCAAUACAACCACAUGCGGGAGCUCCAGCGCUCAGGCCGCGAAUACCGUUUCGGCUCCUUCAAAUACAGCGCGCGCAAUCUCGCCGAAAAGGGUAUCCUCAUCUCGUGGUCCGGAUACCACGAGCGACAAUGGGACCGUAUCGACAUGACCAUCUCCUCCAACGCCGUCGGCAUCUUCGAGAUCCAGGGCAGCCAGGGCAGCAUGAUGAUCCCUGGCGCUUUCGCCGAAGUCCCGCUGGACGUGCUGCUUCAGGCUCAAUUCGACAAUCACCAGUUCAUGAACUUAUUUGGUGAUGGCGGGCAGAAGGGCGCUAACACCUCUGGCGCUGCCGGCUCGGCAGAAGGGGAGGGCGUCGCUAGGGUCAAUGUCAAUCUGUUCUUGCAUUUGAUCUUGAAGAAGUUCUCGCGGUAA